GAUUGCUCAAAAAUAACCAAAACAUGACUGUUACUCUCGUGGGUGACUCAUAAAUGUUAAAUAGUUGCCAAGAAGUUGGUUUAAGAUUUGUAUACAUGUGUUUGUAUCUACAUGCCAUAUUAAUUAUGAAACUCCUAGUUAUGAUCAGUAUUGUUUCCAACUCUCAUAAUAUUUCUGCUCUUUGUGUUGAUUUGAAAUAUUAAUUUGUAUGUCGAGAGGUGGGUGUGGGCGAUAUGUUGGUAGCAGUAAAGUAAUAGUUGAUAAUGCAGAAAAAACUCAGAGGUCAGAGUCUCAGUAAUUUUCAAAGUGCAAAUAUGGUCAAUGAGUACAUCAUAGAUAAGUCCAGUCUUAAUGUAAUAAUUUUUACUGUUAUUAUCUCGAACUCAAUAACUAAUUCACAACACUGAUUUUCAUGAUUGCAAUCAACUGACACUAUUUCCAAAUACCUCUGAGUUAGAAAGGGAUCGCAAACGUCGGCUCUACAUGGAUAUACCUCGUCGAGGACCUCAAGCAUUUGGACAUCUGGUAGAUACGCUUGGAGAACUAGGAUACUGGGACUUGGUGCGUGAUCUGGACCCUGAUAGUCCAUUCUCUUUCUCGAGCCAACAAAGAUUCAACUCCGUUCCCCAACCUAGACCAGCAGACAAUGAUAACUUUCGCAGUCUUAGCACAUCAAACAGGCCUAGAGCUGAACCCAACAGAAACAACACGCAGUUACAGCCUGUGCCGCCUCCGCCUGCCGUUAAGAACGACAACGCGGACGGCGAGGUCACUGCACCGCCAUUUAUCGUCAAGAAAAGCACGAAAUUUAUGGUGGAUGAUGACACUAAAGAUCUGAAGCUGUAUAGAACGCGCGGUCCCAAACGUGGCAUCCUGGUGGACUUCACGUACACAGAGUUUGACAACAAUAUCGAAGAGUUUCGAAAUGGCGUCGACGUCGAUUGCAACAACCUCAAGUACUUGUUCGAUGAACUCGGCUUUCGUAGGGUCGGAUACAAAAACCUUACCAAAACGGAGACGACGGAGACGCUAAAGUCUCUAAACAACGUGUUGGUGGACUAUGAGACCGUGUUCAUCGUGGUGUCGUCGCACGGGUACGAGCGCCCGCACUCCUCCGACACCGACGUGCGCUGCAAGGACGGCCAGCUCAUCUCGUUGUAUGACAUCAUGACGUACUUCGAUAACCGGAACAUGCCCGCGCUCAUCGGAAUCCCCAAAGUGUUCAUCUUCCAAAUGUGCAGAGGCAGCAAUGCGGACUACGCGUGGCACAGCACGAGCGCGCACGCGCCGGCCCAGAUGCCGAUGCCGGCGGGGGACGUGGCCUACGACGGCCGGCCCGAGCCGCCCGCCAGCGCCGCGGCCUCCGCGCUGCACCCCUACCAGCACCCGCUACAGACGCCGCUCUACUCCGACAUACUUAUCGCGCACUCCACGGUGCCCGGACUUGUGGCGCACCGGGACGGCAAGCACGGCUCGUGGUACAUCCAAGCAUUGUGCGAGGUGUUCGCUGCGCGUGCGCACGACUGCCACGUGGAGAAACUGUUCACGUUAGUUGACAAGCACAUGCAGGACAAGUUCAAGGUGCAGACGUCCUCGGUGGACCGCUGGGGCUUCAACAAGCGCCUGUACCUGCACCCCGGCCUCUACGAGUGAUGGACCGGCCACGGCCCGCGGCCUCUACGUGGUUUCAUGGUUGUUUCUAAUCAAUUUGACUGAUGUGUCUUCCGCAGUUGUACACUUUAAAUAUAUUAUCAUAGUUUAGUCCUCUUUUGUUUAUAAAGCAAAAAGUUUGUUUUUAAAUGUGAUUCCACUUAGGUACUAUUUCUCUCUUUAUCGGAGGUAUGAUUUGACAUAUACGUAAUUAAUUAAUUAAUAAUAAUAUUAUCUUAGAUUAUCUUAAUCUCAAAUUUUAUAAAUAUAUUCAUGUGAUACUGCCACGAGUUUAGUAACAUAGUAAGUACUAGCAGAGUAGCAGGGGAUUGAAUCAAUCCAGCCACCAUAUUUUAAGAUACCUAAUAUUAAUAGUAAAUGGUGCCAUAAAUGCAGUUUGUAUAAAGUUAUUUCCAUUACUACUAAAUUAAGUUCUUUUGAAAUAUGGUUGCAUUAUUUAUGUAUGAAUUUUAACGAAUAUAAGUUCUAACUAUAUUAUUAUUGGUAUUGAAACAAACACAAAGCUCAAUAUUUUAUACUAUUUGCUAUGUGAUAUACUCAAUAUUUUAAGAGCACUGAUAAUACGUAAAGAGCUCUCUGGAAUUUUUCUUAUUUUUUAAGUAAUAUUCCAUGUGAAAGAACUUCAGUGAACCUCACUUGCAUUUAUGUUAUAGCAUUUACCAUCGAAUGUUCUCUAUGACUGUAUUUUUCUUAAUCUCAUGUAGGUUAAGUAUAUUAAGAUAGAGUUUAAUGAAUAUUUGUAAUUACUGCUAAAGUAAUGGUGUACUUUCUAAGCGAACAAUUGUGAUAAGUAUAGUCGACGGCAAGUCUUAAGAAAUGCUCCAGUAAUCAUAUUUCCUCGAGUACAUUGUUGACUACUCGUUAGUGAUAUAAAUAUACAUUAUAUUAUAUUUUUACAAAAUAAAACACAGUGUUUUCAUU